AUGAGCGUUUGGGUGCUCUGGCUCAUCUCUUUCUUCAUAAUCACUGAGGGCAGUGAUGGCUCCCUGGGGAGAAAUGAGGGCAUCGAAGCAAAAGGAGAACUCAUGGUGAAUAAGAAAGAGCAUUUAGGUCCAGCCCAGGAAUAUGAGUUGCUUCUUCAGGUAGCCUAUAGAGAUUCCAAGGAGAAAAGGGACUUGAAGAAUUUUCUGAAGCAAUUGAAGCCUUCAUCAUUAUGGUUACAGGGUUCAAUGAAGAUUCUCAGAGCAAAGGCCACCACAUAUUGUGACAACCAGAAUGGGGUCCUACGUUGUGCAUGUGAAGAUGGCUACACCUGGUUUCCUCCCUCAUGUCUCGAUCCCCAGAAAUGCUCCCUUCACACAGCUGGAUCCCUCCAAAGCUGUGACUGUCAUGUCAGAAACCUCUCCCAGAGUAUUAAUUUCUGUGAGAGAACAAAGGUGUGGGGCACUUUUAAAAUUAAUGAGAGAUUUACAAACGACCUCUUAAAUUCAUCCUCUGCCCUAUACUCCAAUUAUACAACGGAAAUUGAACUUAAACUUAAAGAAGCAUACAUAGGAAUUCAAGGUUUUGAGUCAGUGCAUGUCUCCCAGUUUCGGGGUGGAAGUAUCAUUGCUGGGUAUGAAGUCAUUGGUUCCAGCAGCACAUCUGAGCUGCUGUCAGCCAUUGAACAGGUGGCUGAAAAGGCGAAGGCAGGCCUUCAAAAGCUGUUUCCACUGGAAGAUGGCUCUUUCAGAGUGUUUGCAAAAGCCCACUGUAACAGCAUUGUCUUUGGAUUUGGCUCCAAGAAUGAUGAGUAUACUCUUCCCUGUAGCAGUGGCUACACUGGGACCAUUACAGCCAGAUGCCAGCACUCUGGGUGGCAGGUCCUGAGGGAGACAUGUGUGCUCUCUCAACUGGAGGAACUCAAGAAGAAUUUCAGUGUGCUGGCUGGCAAUGCCACUGAAGCAGCUGUGUCGUCUAUGGUGCGCCAUCUUUCCGUCAUCAUCCAGAAGGACCUGUUGACCACAGCUGGGAAUCUGGCUUCAGUAGUGUCAAUUCUGGGUAGUGUUUCAUCCCUGUCACUGGUGAAUCUCUUCAGGGUGUCUAAUUCAACCAUGGAGGAUAUCAUCAAUAUAGCUGAUCAUAUCCUUAAUUCGGCAUCAGUGACUAACUGGACAGUGUUACAGAGGGAGGAAGAACAUGCCGGCUCAAGGUUGCUAGAGGCACUGGAAAACAUUAGCACUCUGGUACAUCCAACAGCUCUUCCUCUAAAUUUUUCUCGGAAAUUCAUUAACUGGAAAGGGAUUCCUGUGUCUGAGAGCCAAAUCAAGAAAGGUUACAACUAUCACACGGAAAUUUUUCAAAAAAAUAACUCUUUUCCUAUCAGAGGCCGCGUGUUAAUUGAGUCAGAUCAAUUCCAGAGGUCCCUUCCAGAAGCUAUCAUCAGCAUGGCCUCCCUGACCCUAGGGAACAUUCUACCUAUUGCCAAAAAUGGAAAUGCUCAGGUCAAUGGGCCUGUGAUAUCCACCAUCAUUCAAAACUAUUCCAUAAAUGAAAUUUUUCUGAUUUUUUCCAAGAUAGAGGCAAACCUGAGCCAUCCCCAUUGUGUGUUUUGGGAUUUCAGUCACUUGCAGUGGAACGUUGCCGGCUGUCACCUAGUGAAUGAAACUCAAGACUCGGUGCUGUGUCGAUGUACUCACCUGACCUCCUUCUCCAUGCUGAUGUCGCCCUUUGUCCCUCCUGCCAUCCUCCCUGUUGUGAAAUGGAUCACGUUUGUGGGAUUGGGCAUCUCCAUUGGAAGCCUCAUCUUAUGCCUGAUCAUUGAGGCUCUGUUUUGGAAACAGGUCAAAAAAAGCCAGACAUCACACACACGUCAUAUUUGCAUGGUGAACAUAGUCUUGUGCCUCCUGAUUGCUGAUGUCUGGUUUAUCGUUGCCGCCACCGUGGACACCUCAGCAAACCCCUCUGGAGUCUGCAUAGCUGCAGUGUUCUUUACACACUUUUUCUACCUCUCCUUGUUCUUUUGGAUGCUUACACUCGGUGCCCUGCUGGCUUAUCGCAUCCUCUUUGUGUUCCAUCACAUGGCCAUGCCCUUGAUGGUAGCUGCUGGGUUCUGUCUGGGCUAUGGGUGUCCUUUUAUCAUAUCAGUCAUCACAAUUGCAGUCACACAACCCAGUAAUGAGUACAAAAGAAAAGAUGUGUGUUGGCUUAACUGGUCUGACGAAAGCAAACCUCUGUUGGCCUUUGCUGUUCCUGCACUGGCUAUUGUGGUUGUGAACUUGGCUGUGGUGUUGUUAGUUCUCAUGAAACUCUGGAGAUCCCCUGUUGGAGAAAGACUGAGUCAGGAUGACAAGGCCAUUGUCAUUCGCAUGGGAAAGAGCCUCCUCAUUCUGACCCCUCUGCUGGGGCUCACCUGGGCCUUUGGCAUAGGGACAAUGGUGGACAGCCAGAAUCUGGCUUGGCAUGUUGUUUUUGCAUUGCUCAAUGCAUUCCAGGGGUUUUUCAUCUUAUGUUUUGGAUUGCUCUUGGACAGUAAGUUACGACAACUGCUGUUCAACAAGUUGUCUCCUUUAAGUUCUUUGAAGCCACCAUCGAAGCAAAACUCAUCAGAUGUACUUGCCAGACCUAAAUUCAACCCACUGCAACAAAAAGGCACUUACGCGCUUUCUCAUACUAGAGAUUCCUCUGGCAACAUCAUGCUGACACAGUUUUUAUCAACCGAAUAA